UCCAUGGCACACUGGUUUAUGUCCUUCGACACCCAUCCCUAAACCAAUUCUCCUCUGUCUCAGUCAAAUGUCUCUCCCUUCUUUAAUUUGCAAAACAGAGCACUCCACUACUGAGUAAAACAGAGUGGGCUCACCCUCUUCAGAUAAGGCCUUUUUUACUCUCUCUCUCUCUCUCUCUCUCUCUCUCUCUCGCUUUUUCUUGUUUUACCUGGUGGACAAGUACGUAAUUUGUUCACUAGCGGUCUCUUGGUGAAUUGGCUUGUUUUUUUCGUUUUCAUUUAAAAGCAGAACACAGCAAGUACCUACCAUAUAAUUGAGAGCAAAUCAACCAGGGGUACUUCUGAAAGCUAUGGAGCCAUCUAAGAGUGAUUUGAAUUCUCAUCAGCAUCAUUGUGUGGAGAUAUCGAUGGAAGUGCACAAGGUGGUUCCACCACCCCACCGGAGCACGUUGGAGAAGCUCAAGACCAGGCUCAAGGAGACCUUCUUCCCCGACGACCCGCUGCGCCAGUUCCAAGGGCAAACAAGGAAGACGAAAUGGAUACUUGCAGCUCAGUACGUGUUCCCUAUUCUGCAGUGGGGACCGAAUUAUAGUUUCCAACUCCUGAAAUCUGAUGUUGUUUCUGGCCUCACCAUUGCUAGCUUGGCCAUUCCUCAGGGAAUCAGCUAUGCUAAGCUUGCUAAUCUGCCACCAAUUGUUGGUUUAUAUUCAAGCUUUGUUCCUCCUCUUGUAUAUGCUGUCCUUGGGAGCUCCAGGGACCUUGCAGUGGGACCUGUUUCUAUAGCUUCUCUCAUAAUGGGAUCGAUGCUUAGAGAAGAGGUCUCACCUUCCAAUGACCCCCUCUUGUUUCUGCAAUUGGCCUUUUCUUCCACCUUCUUUGCUGGUGUCUUUCAAGCUUCUUUAGGGAUAUUGAGACUUGGCUUCAUAAUUGAUUUUCUUUCAAAAGCUACCCUUAUUGGGUUCAUGGCCGGUGCUGCCAUCAUAGUCUCUCUUCAGCAGCUCAAAGCCCUUCUUGGCAUAAAAAACUUCACCAAACAAAUGGGCUUGGUUCCUGUCUUGAGCUCCGUCUUCCACCACAAAGACGAGUGGUCGUGGCAAACCAUAUUGAUGGGCGUUUGCUUCCUUGUGGCCCUCCUUUUAGCAAGACACAUUAGCAUGAGAAGACCGAAGCUAUUCUGGGUGUCAGCCGGAGCACCCCUUGCGUCUGUGAUCCUCUCUACCCUUCUGGUUUUUGCCUUCAAAGCUCAAAAUCAUGGCAUCGGUGUAAUUGGAAAACUACAGCAAGGAUUAAAUCCUCCUUCAUGGAACAUGUUGCAUUUCCAUGGAAGCUACCUGGGACUCAUAAUGAAGACCGGACUUAUUACCGGCAUCAUUUCUCUUACCGAAGGAAUUGCUGUGGGAAGGACAUUUGCUGCUUUAAAGAACUACCAAGUAGAUGGAAACAAGGAGAUGAUUGCAAUAGGCAUGAUGAACAUAGUUGGCUCCUCCACUUCCUGCUAUGUCACAACAGGUGCCUUUUCUAGGUCAGCGGUGAAUCACAAUGCAGGUGCAAAAACUGCAGUGUCCAACAUCAUAAUGGCGGUCACAGUGAUGGUCACGCUACUGUUCCUCAUGCCACUUUUCCAGUACACCCCUAAUGUUAUACUGGGCGCAAUCAUAGUCACUGCUGUUGUUGGCCUCAUCGAUAUCCCCGCUGCUUACUACAUUUGGAAGAUUGACAAGUUCGAUUUCCUCGUGAUGUUAUGUGCCUUUUUUGGCGUUAUUUUCAUCUCUGUGCAGGGAGGUUUAGCCAUUGCAGUGGGGUUAUCCAUUUUCAAGAUCCUCAUGCAAAUAACUAGGCCCAAAACAGUGAUGGUGGGGAACAUUCCCGGCACAGAUAUCUACCGCGAUAUUCACCACUACAAAGAGGCCACCACAGUCCCAGGCUUCCUCAUUUUAAGCAUUGAAUCUCCAAUCAACUUUGCUAACACAACUUACCUCAAUGAGAGGAUUUUGAGAUGGAUAGAAGAUUAUGAAGCAGAAGAAGAUACUAAAAAGCAACAAAGCCUCAGAUUUGUUGUCCUAGAUUUGUCACCUGUGAGUUCCAUAGAUACAAGUGGAGUGUCAUUGUUUAAAGAAUUGAGGAAGGUAGUGGAAAAUAAGGGUAUUGAGCUUGUGUUGGUGAAUCCAAUUGGUGAGGUUAUUGAAAAGCUGCAACGAGCAGAUGAAGACCACGAUCUCAGCAGACCAGAUUGCCUUUUCUUGACUGUUGGAGAGGCCGUUGCUUUGCUUGUUUCGACUGUCAAGGCCCAAUCAUCAAGUCAUAUAUGAUCUUCGAAUUUUAUUUUUUGGGUCAAGGGUAUUGAAUAAUGUUCUCCUUUUGCUGGUUCUCUUAACAACAGAUGUGAGUUAAUAAAUGUUCAAAAUGUAACUGUAUAAGGAUUUGUGUAACUCUAAAUUCUCAUAUGUACAACACCGCACAUUGCAGAUUGUAUAACCUUGUGUAAGAAUUAAUUUUUGAACUAAAAUGAAUAUCCUUGUAUUCUAAUACACAACUGUCUCAAAAGAAGUGGAGUUCAAAAGGUCGUACUCAGGACAUAAGGUUCCUCUUUAAGGAAGGGUUUGAGGGUUAAGUGGGCAAUUCUACCCCGCCUUUUGUGGAAAGGUUGAUUCCUAAUUUCCCAUGCAUCAAACCCAUGCUGCGUCAGUGGGGGCAGAUAGCGCAUUUGUCUUUGUGCCAUCCACACCUUACUAUUUGUUCGGUUGUUCCAUUCCCACCUUCUCGUCCCCAUGAACUUCUAUCUUUUGUUGAAAUAUGAUGGAGACAUUUGAGACUUGGAAGUUGAGUUGAGACUAAUUCUGUCAAAUAAUGCACUUAUCAAAAGGGUAUAUCAGGGUCGCGGCAAUAUGCAAAGAGAUUCAAAUCAUGAACGCCACUAACAUGCAUUGUCUCUAUGAGUUGCUUUACGGGACACAUGAACAAAUAUACCAACUGUGACUAGAACAUUCCACACUUUACUAGAGAUGGAAAGUUAUAACAUUAAAGCUAACCGCAUGUGAUCAUACGUACUAAGAGCUAUCAACCAAUCUGAAAUGAUCUGUAACUAUAUAUAUCUAAAAUCUCAUGAACUUGUAACAGGGUCAGUUUAACAACUGAUUUAUACAAUUAAAGCCUAGUGCACUUGGCUCCGUUGAAAAAUAUAACGUAUUGCAACUACAACGGCUAAGAAUAAGAACAUUAGUUCAUUCUGCACACCUCCAAAUUUCUUGCUGAAAGACUAUCAUCUAUUGUAGUAAGUGGCCCAUCAACAUUAGAAGUUGCUGCAACUUGUGCCCUUCUUCCUUGGAUCAAGGAUGAAGCCUGGCUCGUGAGCAUAUCAUCCUGAUUCUACAAUUGCCUAAGUUGCCUCUGUAAUUCCAAAGCCUCAGCUUUAUAUGCCAAAGUAGCAUAUCCCUGGAGAUCAAAGUUAGUCCACCAACAAUAGAAUUAUGUCUCUCUUUUCCAAGGAGCUGCCAAUCUCCUCAUCGAACUCAAAAUGAUAGAAUCAACGAAGAAGAAAAAUAGAAUAACAAAGGCAAAGUACACCCAAUCCUUCUUCAGCUUUGCCAAUUCAACAUGAAAUUGACAAAUCAAAAGUAGUAAAACUCUUUUUACCACCCGUUGACAAUCAUUACUACUAAAGCCUUUCCAUUCUUAAUACAUGUAUGAAAUCCCAGCAUGCUUCUCUAAUGAACAAACUAACUAAUUCUUCCAAAAGAUUCACUAGUAAAAUUCAAGUACUUAAAAGUACUCGCUCAUGUGUUUCUUCUUCAACACUGCAUCAUGACCUUUAUUUUCAAAAGGCGAAAGAAAGAGAGAGGAGAUCGGCUAGCCAGGGGCAAUUUGAACACUACUUCGACCAAGAUUACAUGCUGAAACAAACAAACAAACAACCAUACAGACGGACAAAAAGGCUAGCUAAAACAAAUUGAAUUGCAUAACAGAUCCUUUAAAUUUCAACUAUCCAAGAAGAAUGGAACUAACUUAGCCGAGCUCACAGUCAAGUUUUGAACGUGGCGACACUACCAAAAACUUCCAAUCAUAAACCACAAUACCAUAUGUUAGACCAGUGAGAUUAAAAUCAGACUCCUUAAGGGUUAUCUCAUCCAAGAACCACUAAUAAAGACAAUGACCAACCAGUUACACCAUUUGGUUGCUGUGUCUGUGCCAAUCAGCUCAAUCACCACCAGAAACAGUGCCGGGCAUAAGGCAAUGAGUAAAUUGGAUACUUGAACGAAAACGCCAUCAGUUAAACAAAACCAUACCAGGAUAAUAGAACACACCUCACAACACAAAUAGCAAGGCUAUGGUAAUACCUUAAGAUAUUUAUUCACACUAUCAUACAGUGACAUUACCCAAAAAAACGCAUAAACCCUUAAUCUUUCCGUAGCACAAGAUGCACAACAGGUAUCUUAUUUCCACCUUGAAACGUAUGCAUCCAAAGGAAGAAAAUAUCUGGGAAUUGUUAAAUACAACCUUGUACAACCACCAAAAAGGAAAACAGCUAAACAAAACUUAAACGUACUAAACUAUAUAACCAUUACUCAUUUUAGAUGCCACACAACUACCAACCCAAGAGGCUCCCAAUUUUGUUUCAAUAAGACAUUACCUAGGUGCCCUAGCAAAUUGCCCAAACAUCCCCAACAAGAGGAAAGCCAAAAUGGGGCUAACAUCCAAUGAAUUAAACAACGGCGGGAUAAUGCCCCUGAAAAGACUCAGGUACGGAUCACACCAGUCCCUGAUCGCCAAAAACGGCUGUUUCUCGCACGGUAUAUUCGGGAACCAAUUGAGCAAAACCCUAAUCAGCAGGACACAACUGUAUAUCUCGAGCCACCACGCGCAGCCCCGUGGCGAUAACCUCUAUCGGCGUGCCUGCGGACCUGGGGACGGCCCCCUCAGUUAUCAUCGCGAAAAACAACGGCCAUGUUGUUGUGGGAGGAGUGAUAGGGUUCGGGAAGAGACCCAACACUCCUCCCAAUUUGAGAGCGAGGAGUUUGGAGAUGGAGAGGGAGAGGGCGAGGGAAAAGAUGGUUGUGAUUGUCCGGGUUGACCCGAUAAGUGGGGAGUGAGUAGGGUUUUGGGCGGGGAUUGGGAGAGGAGGUGAGGAAGAAGCGGCGGAGAUGCUGGAUUUGGGACGGAGGAGAGAGAGGGUAAGGGUUGGGGGUAUGGAGAGGGGGGUGUGGCAGAAGGAGAGAGAGGUGGGAGUGGGAGGUGAAAGAGGGGUGCGGAUUGGGUUUGUGAGGAUUCGGGUUUGAGAGGCCAUGAGAAGAGAGAGGAAGAAACAGCCAUUGGUUCUUCUUCUGGAAAUCUCCCCCAACUCAGAGGUCGAGAAACCACUACU